GCCUUGAAAUACUUUUCCGAGACAACACAAAACGACGCUCCUGUGGUGCAGCUCUGCGUGAAGAGCAGGCCCUGGGCAAUUCAGUAUUCCUCGACAUUGCUUUGGGACGACGACAAAAUCAUGGCCUGCGUCGCCAGCGUCGAUGGUCUACCUGCACUCAAGUACGCUUCGAAGCGGCUGCGAGCCUGCACGAAGCUGGUGAGGAUGGCAGUGCAGAGCAACGGUUUAGCAAUUAGAUUUGCCUCCGAGGAUCUGCGAGCCGAUCGAGAGAUCGCGCAGCUUGCCACUCAAAACAACCCUUAUGCGGUCCGCUACUUGCAGACCCGACUGCGCAGAACCGAUCUCCAGCUACUUCGAGCCACCAUGAAGAUGCAUCUCAAGGAGACCGAAGCCGAACGUCGCGCACAUGCAGACACAAACGGUCAGAAUUUUUUCUACGGGAUGAAUAAUUUUUAUUUCAGCUAUAGUACCGGCGAGCCACAAGAAGAAUUUUUGCAACGUGACGGACGGCAUCUCAAGCAUGUGGAGUUCCGCGGGCUCAUAGAGCAUCACUGUGACUGCUGGUGCAGGGAUCACGAUUUGCUCUUCAACAGGGAUCCGCGCGAAAUAGUAGGCGGCGAAUCAGAUGACACUGAAGCUGGCAGAGGCGAUGGAACCGCUUUGCCCGUGGCAGUGCAGCCUGUCGAACGAGCCGUAUGUUGGUGAAGACCUUCCGCCGUUGAACAUCCACGCAAUUCCACUUGUACUUAAUCUCCUCCAACGGCGCAUCCGACCGAGCGAGCCUUACUUUAUCAUGUAUGAUUUACUUAUUUAUUCUACGGGUUCGGGUACGGUCCGUAGCUGCAAACAGAAGAGAGACCGAGGGCAUGAGGAGGACUCUAGUCUUUGAAUAAAUAUUCAGAUGCGCGCAUAAUUAAUUAAAGUGCAACAUGCUUCCAUAGAGCACUCAUCAUUGCGCGACCGUGCAGUGACGCCAACUCUUUUCGUUUCAGUAUUGGUUUUGUCAAGGCUACAUGCGUUGCGACACGGAUAUUUUUCGAAGGGGAUGGGGACUGGAUGGUGGAACAUUUUUCAUCAUUUUAGGUGGUGGGAGAUGAAGACCGAAACAACUUCCCGCGGAACAAUAGCGCGUGUUUUGACCGACAUGAUGGCCCUCGACCCCUCGGACUAGAAAUAUUGCAUGGUGCUAGCCCCGGCUUACAAGACAACAACGAACUGGUAGCGCUUUGCGUCGAGCACACCCCGGCGGCGCUAGAGUUUGCAAGUGCGAGACUGAGACGCGACAGCGGUCUCGUUCUACUGGCAAUUCGGCAAUUUUGCAAGGGUGUUCAAGUGGAAAAUUAUGACGGUAUCAGCUGGAGGAUGUGGAAGCGCGAGGACGACAGCAACUUCUCUGCGUCCUGUCCCUUUCAGUACGCAGGAAAGCAGCUCCGGUCUAAUAUUGAUUUUUUGCGAAAAGUACUUCUCGAGAGUGACAUCGACAUGUGCUUCGAAGAAGCGGAGCUUAUCCUGUCUCACGCCGAAAAAAACGUACGCGCAGCCUUUUAUGGGGGUUGCCCGGAAUUAGCCACACACUUAGUGAAGCAGUACCCAAAAGCUGUCCGCUUGCUGCCGCGAGAAUUUCGACAGAAUCGGCAGCUUCUACUGGAGGUGCUCACUCGUGACGGAGACGCAAUCAGGUAUUGCAGCAGUCGCAUGAAGUCCGAC